AUGAAGGUCAUGAUGAUUGUCGCUUUCGUCUAUGCACUUGGUAUUAUGAUGCUGUUAGCUGAUGGAGCUCCUGAACAUAAUGAGACCGAGGCGGAUUUGGAGACGGCUUUCCUUGACGAGCCAAGUUCAAUCCCAGAUUCUUUGGAACCUUGUCGAGGGAAGAGAGAACAGGACGAAAGUUGCACAGGUUUGCUCCUGGAGAAAUUGUUAGAUCACUAGAUUUUAAUGAAAAUGUUUUAAACAAGAUCUCUACUAAAGCAAUCUUGAUCAGUAUUAGAUUUCACUCCUAAUAACCGUAGGCAGUUAGAUAGAGAGGCCCAAGAUGGAGGUGGCGAGUGGUAGGUAACUAGUUUAAGAAUUUUUAAUUUGAGUUUUAAAUAACAGACUUCGGAGUUCUUUCUUGUGAGUGCUACAAAAGUUACAAGCUGGCUUGAAAUGAUCUGAAACAGUGUUAUCAAAAACUAAGACAUUAAUAUGAAUAAAAAACACAAACACACCGCCAAACCGUUAGAAGAAAAAGGGGGAAAGGGAAACAAAAGGAUCUUAACAUAUACAACCCUUUACCGGUUAAACUUCCCAGAUGUAAGUCUUUAAAAGUUCAACGGAAAUUAUUAAAAAAUAUGUAAGACACUCAGAUAUGAUAGAAUGCGCUCACCACCUAGACCGUUCACAGUCCUCUAUUCUUCCGUAAGAUCGUCGAGAUCGAGCGCUUUGCGUUACGGGCUGCAAUCUUGCAUGAGUGUCAAAAUUACUUAGGGGGCGGGUGCGGUUUGGGAGGAAGCGAGAAAAACAGAGGUUAGCCAUUAACGGUAAGAAGCGCUAUAUAUCUCGACGAUCUCACGAAAAACUAGGAGACUGUAAACAGUCUACUCACCACCCCUUUUCUUCAAAGCCCAUUAUUAAAGGAUUUAAAAGGAUAACUGCGAAAAUAAAAAUAAAGCCGAAAACUUCAACCAUUCUUCAGUGCCUUUAUUUUAUAAUCAUGUCCGUAUUUGGUUGCUGGAAAAAAAUUUGCCAUCAAAAAUUGCGAAAAAUCCUACCUACACUGUGUAAUGAUAGAGGGCAGACAGAGGUCAAACCGAAAGAUAGCCCCACAUCGAAUUAUAAUAGAAGAUUUAAUCUAAAAGUAAAUACAUGAUGUACUGCUUUGUUGGACAAAAAUAAUCUAAGCCAGUAAGCAGAAUGCCUGUAACUCUGACAGAAAUCUUUAAUUGUUUUUUCAGGUUGGCGCAAGGCUAAUUCCGUUCCUGUGUGUUUUGGCGCCAGACAUAACGUGUUUGGAAGGUUCCACCUACCAUCCAGUGGCAAAUUAGCCGCCAUAAAGCUGGUUCAUCUGUACGGUUACGUGUCCUGUCUGUCGUCUAACCCGAGUCAUUGGUCAUACUGGGGCUGCGGUCACCUUCACGCAACCAAAAAUCACAUAAACGUAGUCAUAACGAAUGCACAUAACCACAUUAUUCUCCCGCCAAACCAGUUAUUAGCACGUGGGGGGCUUGCAGCGGGAAAAUGGUACAAUGAUGUCGGUUACAGUUCACUGUCCCCAGAGCUUGUCUUGUCAGUUUUCUCCCAUCCCCCCCACGUCUCUUCAGGUCAAGAGUUUCGUGUGUGGUACGGCGAAGAUUUGGUGAAUUGGACCGAAGCCGAUAAUGACGGAACAGUGUGCAGUGAUGUCUACGCUCUUUUUGUUUGA